AUGUUUCCACCAAGCCUCGCUCAAUUGAUAGACCUGCCUCACGAGCUACUCUCGCAGAUCAUCAACCCACUUGAUGAUGAAUCGAUCUACGCUUUCACGCAAACGUGUAAGACGUUCCAUUUUUUCGCCCUUCCCCUCGUCCUGUCGCGAAAUGGCAUCCGUAUCACAGGCCCUGACCUCGUUUCCAUCGUCGACCCCUCUAAAGAGGGUUUGAGCGCCCUUCGGACGUCUCUGUUUGCCCCAAGUCUGGAGAGGGUUCGCUUCUACCCCAGUGCGGAGGAGUGCAGAUUGUUUUCUGAUCUUCGCACGUUGCAGAAGUUGCUCCUGCGCUUGCCUCUGAUUUCCCGCCUCACCUUGUUAUACCCAUCAUACCAGGACGUUGUCGACUCAAGAUUUCAAGGUGCUUUACUCGAUAUGCAGAAGUGGAGCGUAGAGCUUGCUGCGCUCAUGGAUACAGCACUCCAGAAGUCGUGCCGGGACCUUCAGAUAUACGGAGGUGACAAUCUGUUUGCAGAUCUAGAUGAGCUGGAAUCGCAGGAACGACCUUCUUCGAAAUUCAAAACUCUAUCAGCAACAGCAAGUCGGAAGAUUUCGUCAUUUUUUUCGAGAGUUAUGCAUCUACCAAAAACUUCUCAUUCCCCGAGCCGCUCCCGACUGUCGUCGCUCUAUAUCAAUUCUCCAAUGCUCCUUCAUCCCUAUCUAUUUCGUUGGACCCAAAGUCGUCUUCAAACCAACGCUAGAUCCUUGACCCACCUCAGGUUCCACGACGUCAGAUCGUCUACCUGGCACCAACUCCUUGUCACCCUCACCUUGCCCUCAUUGUGCCUGUUCGACAUCGUGACGACGCGCCAGCUAGUUGGGGGAUUAGGGGUGGCCCUUGCGGAUAUUCAUACCUUUCUCGAACGCCAUCCCUCGAUCAUGAUUUUGAAUUUAUCUGGAAUCAAUUUCCCCACACCGACGCCUACACUUCGAAAUCCCAUUCUUCCCAUAUUGCGUGCUGUAGGAACACAUCCGAAGAUCAUAGCAUGGCUCCUCCGCAGUGCAGCUGCCCACUUGAAAGAGCUCAAUGAGGUCACAAUAACAUCGGAGCCUGGCGAUUUCGAUUAUGAUCAAUUCGACGAAGCCCUCGAAGCCGUCGCGCUUGGUUCUCAAAUGGAUGCAAUACAUCUUCAACUCAACUUCCUGUCAAAGCCAGGGUUGCACAAAUGGUUUGAGAAACACCUGUCAAAACCCACGGCUCCCUCCGACGCUGUCGUUGGAUGUAUUAGGAACCUCACAAGGGUUACGCAUCUCACUGUUCGGACGCGCUAUUGGAUGAAGAUGGAUGACCGAGACGAGCCUGUGGUGCAGGCAUUUCCGCAAUUUUUGGCUCUGUUCCCGAGCUUGGAGAAAGUUGAUUUGGCGGAACAACUUCUCCCUUCUCAGGAUAUUAUCUUGAACCGGCAUAAAUAUUUCCUCCGGCAAGUUGUUUCGGUCUGUCCGAAGUUGAACGCAAUGUCGGUCAAUUUUACUGCCAUCGACUUGGCGGAUCUCGGUGUUUAA